CCUAGCGCCCCCAGCGGGGACGCAGCUGUAUCGCUUGCCGCAGCUGGACUGCUCCCGCCGCAGCUGGACGGCGCGCCACAGCUGGCUAGCCAUGGAGGCGACAGCGCCGCGGCGCCGGCACCUUCUUCCGCUGCUGCUGCUGCUGCUACUGCUCUGCGGCGAGUGUCCCCCGGUGAGCGGCUGCAACGAGAAGCGCAUGCUGGCCAUGCUGCCCCGCUGCGGCAAGACCUUCGCCGAAAUGAUGAAGAAGGUGGAGGUCUGGAAGUGGUGCAACCUGUCGGAGUUCAUCGUGUACUACGAGAGCUUCACCAACUGCACUGAGGUGGAGACCAACGUGGUGGGCUGCUACUGGCCCAACCCCCUGGCCCAGAGCUUCAUCACCGGGGUCCACAGGCGCUAUUUCCACAACUGCUCAGUGGACAGGCAACAGUGGCAGGACCCCCCGGAUGAAAUUCUCAUCCCGCUCAUCGUGGUGCCCAUCCUGCUGACCCUGGCCAUGACUGGCCUGGUGGUGUGGCGCAGCAAACGCGCCGCCCAGGUGGUGUGAGGGCCCGGUGAGUCCGAGGGGCCGCGCCCGGAGAGAUGGAAGAAAGUUCCCCCAGGGCUGGGAGAGCCCGUGGACGCUGCUUCUGCUGCCCCCCGACCCUGCCUGGGUGGCCGUGGGCUGGUGAAAGAAAAUGUGCUGUGGCUGGAGCUUGUGUGCCAGGCACAAUUGCCGCUGCUUCGCCCGCGCUGCCCCCGGCCGGGCUGGGCCUUUGGGGUUCCUAGGUCUCCUUAGCACCUAGUCCCAUGGGGCCCCAGACCCUGCUGCUGCCUUUCCACUGACUCUGCCCCUGGUCCCACUCCAGCCCUGACUCCACCCCCGGGCCUGACCCCCACCUCCGGCCUUGACCUCACCUCCAGCUCUGACCCCACCCCUGGCCAUGACCCCACCCUCAGCCCUGGCCCUGACACCCACCAUGACCCUAUCUCCACCCCAGGCCCCCAUUCCUGGUCUUGACCCCUGCCCAGGCCCUGCUCUGACUCCACCCCCGGACCUGCCACUGCUCCCGCCCCCUGCCCCGCCCUGACCCCACCCCCAGCCCUGGCUCUGCGGCUGGCCCCUAACCCCAGCUCGGGCCCAUCUCCCACUCCGAACUCACUCCCAACUCUGGCUCCACCCCAGCAGCCCUCUGGAAGGGUGUGCCUAUUCCCGCCUGGCUGGGCCUGGGGGAAGAGAGGGCGGGAGGGGCUUUUGUAGGUCUGUGCUUUGCAGGCCUUGAGGCCUCUUGGUCGGGACCCUGCCUGGAGAGAAUCUGGAAGACAGCGUUGGGCUGAGGGUUCCACGGAGCCGCAGCGCAGCCUGAGACCUGGUGUCUUUUGUCAUGACCAGGGGCUGGAAUUGGGGGUGGGCCUCUUUCCUGACCGGCCCCCACCCCGUGAGCAAGACCUUGGGGUGAGUCCCGAGCGCUCUCGUUCUGGCUGAGCUCUGUCUGCCGUGUCUGUGCUUUCUGUGAAUAAAGACUCAUGCUACCCC